CGUCACUUGGGAGCUACUGAGGGGCGCCAGGGCUCGAACAAAAACCCUAGUUCUUGGCUCUCCAUCCCUAAAACCCUAAAUAAUGGAUCAGAGAGAGAACGAUGACAAUCACAACUCUGUGAAUACUAGCAGGCACGAACCAACGAAGAUCAGAUUCGAAUACGAAGAUGAAGAAGAAAAGACGAAAUCCUCGAAGAAACGGCCACUGAGAGCUCCAACCUCGAGGACGACUCCGCCAUGUGCGAGCCCGAGGAGUCCACCGUCGGUGGCGACAAGACUAGCGCCGACUAUUACUUCGAUUCCUACUCUCACUUCGGUAUUCAUGAAGAAAUGUUGAAGGAUUUAGUAAGGACUAAGACUUACCAAAAUGCUAUUUACAAGAAUACCUUUCUGUUCAAGGACAAGGUAGUCCUUGAUGUGGGUGCUGGGACAGGAAUUUUGUCGCUCUUUUGUGCAAAAGCAGGGGCGAAACAUGUUUUUGCGGUUGAGUGCUCCAGCAUGGCUGACACAGCACAAGAGAUUGUUAAAUUAAACGGAUUUUCAAAUGUUAUAACAAUUCUGAAGGGAAAGGUUGAAGAAAUCGAGCUUCCCAUUGCUCAAGUGGAUAUCAUAAUUUCUGAAUGGAUGGGAUAUUUUUUGCUGUAUGAGAACAUGUUAAAUACCGUCCUGUAUGCUCGUGACAAAUGGCUUGUUACCAAUGGACUUGUGCUACCAGACAAAGCUUCUCUCUAUUUGACAGCCAUUGAGGAUGCAGAUUACAAGGAAGACAAGAUUGGAUUCUGGAACAACGUAUAUGGCUUUGACAUGAGCUGCAUUAGGAAACAAGCCAUGAUGGAACCUCUUGUUGACACAGUUGACCAGAAUCAGAUUGUUACAAAUUGCCAAUUACUCAAGACGAUGGACAUCUCUAAGAUGGCUGCUGGGGAUGCUUCCUUCACUACUCCUUUUAAGCUUGUGGCCAAACGCGAUGACUACAUCCAUGCUCUCGUAGCAUACUUUGAUGUGUCUUUUACCAAGUGUCAUAAAUUAACGGGUUUCUCUACAGGGCCAAAAUCCCGAGCUACACAUUGGAAGCAAACAGUUCUGUACUUGGAAGAUGUGCUGACCAUAUGCGAAGGGGAAGCCAUAGUCGGGAGCAUGACUGUGGCACAGAACAAGAAGAAUCCCCGUGACGUUGACAUUAUGCUCAAGUAUUCAUUAAAUGGUCGACGUUGUCUUGCUUCAAGGACUCAGUGUUACAGAAUGCGAUAGUUGCUUUUGGGGUUGCAAUACAUUCAAGAGCUCAUAAUUGUGAAAUUUUUCUUUCACUCUUCUCCUUUUGUUUCGUCUUGGGGCUGGGUGUGGUGUACUUUGAUAGUUGAAACAUUGUUGGAGAACAAAAUAGGGAGGAGAUUGGAUUUUUCAAAAUGUAACAUCUCUGUACCUUCAAUUAUUUUUACCAUGAAAUGUUAAGCUAUUCGAUAUAACAUUGGCAUUGAAUGGGAAGGCACUUGCUAAUUCAAUUCAUUGUCUAAGAUCUGGUGUCGUCCCUUAUUUUGUUCUUCUGUAAAUGUUUUCCUUUUUGCUUGUGUUUGAGGUCUGGUAUUUUU